AUGGAGGACCGGUUGCCCUGGCCCGAUGUGUGCCUGCGACUACGGCUCAGCCCACACAUAAAGACACGCUUGAGUGGAAAUGAAAAUGGAUCUGCAGGGGAGAGUAGAGGUUCCAGGAGUGAUGCUCUGCAGCAUGGCACAUCAGGGACCCUCCCCCACUUCCUGCAGGAGCCCGAUGAUGCCUACAUCAUCAAGAGCAACCCCAUCAAGCUCAAAUGCCGGGCCCGCCCCGCCCUGCAGAUCUUUUUCAAGUGCAAUGGGGAGUGGGUACACCAGAGCCAGCACCAGUCUCAGGAACACACCGACCAGGGCACAGGGCUGAAGAUCCGGGAAGUGAUGAUCAACGUGUCCCGUCAGCAGGUGGAGGACUUCCAUGGCCCUGAGGACUACUGGUGUCUGUGUGUGGCCUGGAGCCACCUGGGCACCUCCAAGAGCCGCAAAGCCACCGUACGCAUCGCCUACCUGAGGAAGAACUUUGAGCAGGACCCCCAGGGGAGGGAGGUGCCCAUUAAAGGCAUGAUUGUGCUGCACUGCCGUCCACCAGAGGGAGUGCCUGUCGCAGAGGUGGAGUGGUUGAAGAAUGAGGAGCCGGUGGGCUCAGAUGGGAAUAUCGACACGCGGGCAGACCACAACCUGAUCAUCCAGAAGGCGCGUUUGUCUGACUCGGGAAACUACACAUGUCUGGCCAGCAACAUCGUGGCCAAGAGACGCAGCCUCACCGCCACUGUGGUCGUAUUUGUGAACGGAGGGUGGUCAUUGUGGACAGACUGGUCCGCCUGUAACGUGCGCUGUGGGCGAGGGGUCCAGAAACGCUCCCGUACCUGCACCAACCCCGCCCCUCUCAACGGGGGCACCUUCUGUGAGGGCAUGUCUGUCCAGAAGAGUACCUGUAAUGCCCUCUGCCCAGUGGACGGUGGCUGGGGAGAGUGGACAGAUUGGACGGUGUGCAGUGCGGAGUGUGCGACGCAGCGCAGCAGACAAUGUACAGCCCCGGAGCCUAAACAUGGAGGCAGGCUGUGCGACGGGGCCGCCCUGGGGACAGAUAACUGCACCGGGGGCCUCUGCACUCAGAAUCGAAAGCUGCUACACGACGCCAAGCCACAGGGUCUGGAGGUUAGCAGUGACGUAGCGCUGUAUUCGGGCCUGGCGGCAGGGGUGGUGACUGUGGUGGUGUUGAUUGUGGCAGUGACCCUCUACCGGAGGAACCAGAGCGAGUACGGUGUGGACGUCAUUGACUCCUCCGCCCUCACUGGGGGCUUUCAGUCCUUUAGCUUCAAGACCGCCUGCCAAGUAUGA